AUGUCUAAGCGUUCCACCAUCCACAUCUCUGUCUGCAUCUGCAUUUGCAUGCGCUGUUUCUCCUGGGUUGCGGCAGAAGGUGCUGCGUCCGCUUCUAGGCCAAGUCGUCAGGUGGUGCAGCCCACCUGGCUAACGCGACCCGAUUUAGUUCCAUCGUCUCAGGCUGCCAAAGUCAGUGUGACGUCACAAAAUCUUCAAGAGGCGGCCAACAUCCGCGCCACCAUCCAAAAGGCCGUCGAUGAGGGCAACUAUGUGGUUGCCUCUAGUCCGCAGCAGUUCCUUGUUGCUCUGAGCCAAAUGAGCAAUGCUGGCUUCCUUGGAGCCCCAAUGACAUUGCCAAUUUUCACGUUGCCAAAUGCGAAUUGGUGGAGGCCGCAAGGGUUAUUUGGCUGAUUUAAUGAUUUAUUAUGUUUCAGUUAUAACAAAUAUA